AGAGUUCAGAAGCAGCAGCAGAAAAGAGCUGAGAGACUCAGGAAACAGAGACUGUGUACACAGCUGUAGGAGCAUUUAUGGAGAAAAAAGGGAGACGAUUCGAGAAAGAAAUCAAGAAACUUGCCAAGAAAUUGAUAAAUAUAACCCAAGAUGGAAAGCGUCGACUCACACUCAGCAAAAUGGGCUUAAUCACCAUCCCAAGGUUUCUCCUCAAGCGGUGCGAUGUGGAUGAGUUGGACCUCAGUCGAAACCAGAUCCAGAAGCUUCCUGAAACCAUGGGAACCUUUGCGACGCUAACAUGGCUCGAUCUACACAGCAACAAGCUGGAGUCUGUGCCUGAGUCCAUAGGUAGCCUGAUUAGACUUACCCACCUCAACCUGGCAAACAACUGCUUAACGUCUCCUGGUUUACCAUCCUCACUGGGCUUCCUCUCCAACCUAAAGAGUCUCAACCUUGGACUGAACCAGCUAGAUGCAUUGCCUUCCACCUUGGAGCGGUUAGAGUUUCUCCAAGAAUUAGCCCUAUUUGAUAACCAUUUCACUGAAGUACCUGAGUUUGUGUCAAAUCUUCAAAACCUUAUUAAACUGAAUUUGGAAAGAAAUCCAUGUAUGGAGGCCCAAGUCGAAAGCGAGAGGAUAAGAAAAGAACAGUUAGAGCAGAAAGAGGAGCUGUAUCUGGUGCAUGAAAGCACAUUGUGCAAGAGAUGCCUCAAAAAAUGUAAAGAAGAGGAAGGAGAAAAUUUAAGAAACGAUGGAAAGACAGAAAAAAUACCUGAAAUGCCUGAAGUGUUUGAGGAGAAGGAGACGGAGAAAAAGAAAAGAUUUGCAGGGUUGAUGACACCGAACUCAGUGGCUGCAGUCACCCAGGAUGUGUGGAGAAUCAGAAGCAAAGAGUGAACUGAUCAAUUAUCUGCCAAAUUCAAUUUUUCAUCAAUUAGAAAUGGUGGAAGAGAGCCCAAUUAAAAACAAUCUGAAAUGUU